CGGCAAGCAAGCGAAGUCCGCUGGCCAUGAGCGCACAAUUGAAGAGCACAUCUCCUCUCUGCCAACGUCUGGAUGAUUGUGGGACAUGAUCGACGGUAAAGAGUUAUUCUUAUUCUAGAAUAUCCACGAUGAAUGAGGUGGCUACGAUGCGAAACGAGAUCUCGCCGAGAUGAUUGCCUUAUUCGGUCCGCCGCCGCCAGGGACCAUACAAAGGUAUCAAUUCACGCGAGAGUGAAUCGUGGCAAGUACCUGUCACCCGAGAAGACGACAAAGUCUGGGGGACGAUGGAGGGGUAUUUCUGUGGGCUUUUUUUUCGAUGAUAAUGGUCGCUUUCUCUACGAGGAUUUGAUUCACAGCCAUAAAUUUGACGAUACGGCCCCCUUUCUAAUGGGGGAAGAGAGGGAGGCGUUCUUGGAUCUGGUUUGGGUGAUGCUUGUUCGGCAUCAGGGUUGUAGGAAAAAGAACCACGCACACUCCUAGGGGUUUGUAUAGAUGCUUCAAGUCGAGAUCUCGAUAAAGUUGCUGCCGGGCCGGGCACGGAACUCAAUCAAAUUUCACAUUCACUCCAUUGCAUGGUACCCAAUAACACCAAAAUAUCCCCGCAACUCGUGUCCAACCCCGGAACAAU